CGGGUCGACGGUCCCCUGGUCGAAUUGCUCUGCGAGCCAAUCGAUCGUCUUCUGGUGGUCCCAGGUCCGGGGGUCCUCCUUGUCGAAGCGGGGAGCACCACGAGGUUUGGGCGGCACCGUCUUGAAAGGCGCAGCAUACGAGAGGGUGUUGGUUCUGCUGACAGAUUCAGUCGUUGUUUUGAGCAUCAUCGAAGGCAUACGAAUGAGUGGUGUCUUGGAUGUGUGGAGAGACAUGGGCAAUGAUGACCGCUUUGGAGAGCUGACGACUCUCGAUGUCGAAUAUGGGCUGUAGGGUGCAUGGUCAGCUUGUUUGAGCGCCAGGGUAUGUGCACGAAGCCAUCUUCUGCCGCCAUCUUCGCCUUCGCCCGGACGCAUUCCUUGAGGUUCAUCAGACUCUUGUUGUUCUCUUUCGCUUCAUCGCGGCGUUGCUUGUCGUGAUCUUUCGAAUCCUCGUAGCGCUCGCUACCUGCCAGGCUGCGAGAAGCAGUCAGAAGGCGAACGUCUGCUGUUUUGUGGAAGAAUCACUCCACCAGGACCAGCUGGCCCUCAUCUGCGUACGGCAAGAGCGUAUUUUUGAUCGAGAUGCUGAGCAGAGCGUGACUACGGCUGCUCUUAGCAUUUCGUUGAGUAGCGCUUGACCGUCGAUGUGACAAAGCCUUAUUGAUGAGGCUUUCAAGCUCUUCCGAAGAACGCACAGACGAAUAGGUGACAUUCGGUCGCACAUUGCCAACCUGGACAGAUUCCGAAUUCAGCACUGGCGAACAAAAUCAAUGAUCGCACAAACCUUAUCCUCACGAACGGCCACUUCAGAGAGGACCCUGUUUC